AAUAUGUCUGCGCUUGUGAUGUUAGUCAAUUUAGAAGCUUCAUUUUUGUGAUCCAUCAACAUACAGAAUAGUACAAAAAUAUAUUUUAAGUGGUAAAAGUGAAAUAUUGUCAUAUAUUAUAAAUAAUUAAUUAGCUUAAUUAUUAAUAGUAAGUCGUAAAGUAAAUUCUAAUGUCAGAUAUUUUGCGUUGUUAUGGACACAUUUUACGAUUUUUUUUCAACUUCAUUUUAAAUAUUAUUAUACACUCGACGUUGACUUUUCCUUGUUGAGUUUUUUUUUUUAAUUUUAGUAAAGUUAUUUUGAUAGUAAUAUUCCGGAAAAAAAUUAUUUACAAUUUAAUAUUAGGUGUUGUGUAAAUAAAUUACUUAAACACAAACAAUUUUUGUAAAUAAAACAGUAUUUGUUCAGCUUUUUAGUUACAGUUAGGCUUUAACUUUAACUUAACUAACUUUAAAUUUAGUGAAAUGGUGAUUACAAAAUACAAAUGUAGACCUUUCAUUUCAGCAAAUGACAAAAUGCCUUCAUUAGUACUAAAAACAUUAAAUUAAGUAUAAAAUUAAUUUAUUUGAAAAAAAUUGUUUGUGCUAAUGAAGGCAUUUUCCAAAACAUCUACAUUGACAUUUGUAUUUUGUAAAAUCAUCAUUAAAGUAUUUAAAGCUGAACAUAUAUUUUAUAUUAAAAAACAUAUUGUUUUAUUUGCACAAAUUGUGUCAAAUACAUCUACUUUAACUUUAUCUCAGUCCAACACUCUUAUAAUGUGUGAAUAAACAAUGGGCUGGACUAAUUGUGGUCUGGUAAUGUCACACAUCUAGUAGGGGGGGGGGAAACAAAUUUGUGAUGAUGUAUUAUGAGGUUGUCUAAAUUAUGUGUAAGUAUAAGUUAGUAUAACAAUUUUGUGAUCAUUUGGGUGGGUUGGGUAUGUUAAAAAUUAGCCAAAAUAGCAUGACAAUAUGUAUGGUUCCGAAUCCAGAUUCUCAAUGUCUACUUUAUAUUACUAUAACCACUAUUGACAUUAUUGAAGAGGCCUAUUCAUUUUCAUUUUUGUAGUGGUCAAAAUGAGAAGUUAAUAUUAAAUAGUACUAUUACUAGUAAGUAAUUGGGAUCUUGAAAAGAAAUCUCAGUCAAGUUAAAUUUGUAACAGAUAAGACAGAUAAAUGAAUAAUUAUGCUUUAGUCUUUGGCCACAUAAAAUGGGCCUACAUUACACUCCAGCCAUAAUUAAAAUAACUUAGUAGUAGAUGUAGGCCUAUGUGAGUAGUAAGUAGCCAUCAUUAUAAAACUAAAACUUAUUAACUUUAUAAGUUUUGUUCCAGAGAGUGGCCUCAGAUUUCCAGUGUAUUUGAUGACAUCUGAUGGCAAUGGUUCUGGAAUGCCCACCCUUUAGUGGUUACGAUUCUAACAGUUACCAAGAAAAGUAUGCUUUUUCAUUUAUUAAUAUUGAUUUAUCUUAUGAAAAAAAAAUCUGAAACUGAAAGAAAGUUAACAAAUUUUUCUUGUGAAAAUUUAUUGUAAUGUAAUUCUUUUGCCCCAUCUUUGAAAUUUUUAUCGAUUCAAAAUUCAAUCAAUUCUCAAAAUUUGCAGCAUUAUUUAUAUUCCAGGUAUUUUAAAUAAGAAGCAAAUAUAAUUUUGACUUUGCCAGUCUUCAAAUAUUUUUUCAAUCAAAUUUGAUCAGAUUUUCAUUUAUCUUUUUUUAGUUUAUUGUUAUUUAAAAUAUUUCAGAAUGUAUUCAAUGGAAAUUGGUGGAGUUGAAUCUGAGAGUAACAGUAAUAAAAAUAAGGCAGACAGCAGGAAUUUGACUGGAACUGACUGUCGACCAACUAGUGCACUUGCCAGAGGUGUACAGAUAACUGAGUUUGCUGAAAGUCGAGUUAAUCCCACUCCCUGUUUCCUUGAUGAGGCAGAUAUUUUGCUUGAGCAGUAUUUAAGUCCUGGUAAACUUGUAAGUAAAUUUUAAAUCAAUUAAGUUGUAAUCUGCUUUCAUAAAUUUAGCAAAUAUAAUUAACAUUAUUCACUACUUUUUUUAAAGCAACUUUUGACUGGAGCUGAUAAUUUGGAUACAGUAGUGUCAUUGGAACUCAAAGUUGACUCAAGGGAAACAAGUUUAGGUAACUUUGGGUCUCUCCUACCAAACUUGUUGGAACUCAAGCUUAGUGGCAGCUGUAUAUCUAGUGUAAGGUAAGUUUAAAGAGGAAUGGUUUUAAUUAAAGAUUUUCAGUACAAGUAAUCAAAUACCGGUAUCUAGAGCAGUCCAUUAAUUGGUAGAAUAGAUUUGAAGAAUAAAGACUUGGGGCAAUGCCUUUGCUCACAGGUUUUAAUAUUGAUAGUUGAAAAAAAUAGACUUUGUGAUGUUUUUAUUAUCCAUGAAAGUUCAUGAAAAUUUAUGUUAUGGUUUGUAUGAUGGAGCAUUUCACCAACUCCUACUGGUUGACUAUAGGUAAGAAGGCACACCCAUUUGUUAUGCUGCUUGUUGUUAUCUUCUAAUUAGUGUUAACUCUUUCUAUGCCAGGGGGGUUUUCCACAUUUGUGCCAAACCAGUUUUGGGCCAAUGGAAAUAUUUUAGAGUGCUCUUAUCAAUUAAAGGAAAUUAGAAAGAAAAUAAUAAUAUGUAAAUGAUAAAGCAAUAAGACGAUGAUAGUUAAAAUUUAUUGGUAAUAUUAUGAGAUCAAAAUUUUAAUUUUAAAAAAACAUGCACCAAAUCUGAAUUUAUCAGACUACUAUAGUAGUAUAUGAUCUGUGUAGCUGGUAUCUUAUUUUGCUUAAAUCUUAAGAAAGUAUAUUCAUUUUUGAACAGAAUGCAUUUUACAUUUUGAAAAUAUUCCAUUCAGUGACAGAGUUACACACAUUUUUGUAACGUUAAUGUCAACAGAAGAAAACAGUUUCUUUGCAUAUGUAUAUAUAUACACUAAUGUCAAACACUUUAACAAAAUAUUUUACUUGAGUACAAAUUUAUUUCUGUGUGAUCCUUUCUGAAGCACUUCUUAACACACAGAUGCAGCCUUUCUGUGCGUUUGAUGCACACAUAACAGCCGAGUUUGGUUAUUUUGUGCACUGAACAGUAUACACAUGGACAAUCAUGCAUGUCAUAGUCAACCAUGUGCUUAUUUUCACUGAGAUGCUCGUCUGCACUGUUGAUGGGCUUUUUUCCCUGGCUUUGAUAGGAUGGGCUUUAGAAACUAUUCUUCCUGCAUCUUUUUUUCCCAAUUUCCCACAUCUCUUUGCAGGAACACAAGUAGUAUCUGAAUCCUCACUGGUGCCAUAUAUUAAAAAAGUGGUUUUGAGGUCCUUACUAAACAAUUCAUAACUAUUGAACCACUUGAGCUAGAAAGUUGAGCUUGGUGUUUUUGUAAACCAUUCUCUAGGCUCUAUACAGCUGUGGUAUAUUCAAAUUUUUAAAAGUGUUUUUAAAUUUUUACCUUACCAAAGUGCAAGCUGUCACCACUAUUACUAAGAUCUCAUCUAUUUCAAUUUGUCAUUUACUGACCCAUCAGAAAGAGGAAAAUCAUCACUGGAAUCAGAUUCAAAUGAAUCAUGGUUAUUGUCCGAUGUUUCAGCAUCAAUAAUUCGCCAUAAAAGCUCUAUUGUUUGCAAACUUGACUACUUGCUUGGUCUUACAACUGCUGGCGUGGCCAGUGUUUUGUUAACAUCAGUUUCAACACAAAUCGAAAAAAAGGUUGCAAUGGAUAAACAUUUGUAAACAAAUCCUACUUCUAACAGAAAGGAAGUAGGAAGAUUUAUCGAUCAUUUGAGAACAUAAAAAGUAGGAUUGAUAGCUGUAGGCAAUGAAAUAAACUGCAGAAAUUUAAUCGACUAUAUCAUCAAUUGGCACAAAUGUGGCCAGUUAAAUCGACACUAUACGGUGGAUUGGCACAGAAAGACGUAACUGACCAAUGUAAAAUAAAUACCAGUAAUUGUACCUUUAGUCAAAAAUCUAAUCAAGUUUUUUUUUGAAAUUCAUUGGAAAUUUAAAUUCUUUUUUUAGAUAGCUGAUGGGGCAUCAUAUAGAUGUAGUCGAAAAAUAUCACUAGCUGGGUGGAUACAUUUUUAAUUUAAUGUUUGUCUAAUUCCAGAGACUUGGGAUCGUCUUUAAGAAAAUUGACUGUGUUGUGGUUGACACGAUGUGGACUUGAGGAACUGGAUGGCAUCUCAUCCAUGCUGUCCUUACAGGAAUUGUACCUGGAGUAUAACGAGAUUUCUGACCUGAGCCCAUUGGCCAUGCUUGAAGAACUGGAAACACUAGAUUUAGAAGGGUGAAUAUUUGUACAGCAGCUUUGGUUUCUUUUAGAACUGCUAAGUGAUGAAUUUGUUUAUUUUUAUUAGUUGAUAUUGUUAAACAAUAAAAAAUCCUUUAGACAAAUAUUUUUCUAAAAUAACAAUCAAUGUUAUUACUGUCUGCAUUUAUUUCUUUUAUUUCGUUCAUAUUCAUUUUAGAAAUAACAUUGAUGACAUCACACAAGUGCAGUAUUUGUCACUUUGCCCAAAGCUACGAUGUCUGGCUCUUGAUGGUAAUCCAAUAUGUGCAUAUCCUUCUCCAAGUGGUGAAGAAGUGAGUAAUUAUUUUUUCAGAUAACUUAAAUCUCUAUUUUGAUCGUAGAUAAGGCACCAAGUAAAGAAUUGACAUAUUUAAUGGCUUGUGAUGCAAUUAAAAUCCAUACUUUUCAAUAUUUUGUUUCUGUUUAAAUAAUGUUGUAUUCUAAAAACUACUUUCAGCAGCCUGAUUAUGACUACAGAAAUACAAUCAGGCAGCUUUUGCCAGAUUUACUGGUGCUUGAUGAUGAAAACCUGGAUAGUUCAUCUCCAAUAAAACAUAAUGUGUUUGAUGAAGACUGGGCUUAUCUGGAGGAGCUACAGAAAGAUGUUUUUCUGCAGGAAGAAUUUACAGAGAAGGAAGAAAUAGGAGCCAUUGGUGGAGGUGACUUUUGAUAAGUAUUGGUCUUGAAAUAGGUGCAACAUAUUUGCUUUUUUUUUCAUCAUGCAACAAAUCAAACCAGAGGUUCCCUCCCUAUCUAUCUGCAUUUUUUUACAAAUAAAUUUUAUGAAAGUUUUUAAUCAGGAAGUUGUCUUUUCAUUAACAGGGCAAAAAUUUAAUGUUUAUAAAACACUAACUUUUGAGAAGAACUUACAGCAUUUUAAUUGUUUCCAUUGGAACCCAACUUAUUUGAUAAGUAGAAGAUUUUUAACGACACAGAACAUUAAAAUAUAAUUUUAUUUUACAAAACAAUGUUUAUCUUCUAUUUGUCAGAGCGCCCUUCUUCAGCUGCCUUACGGCCAGCUACGGCAUAUCGGCCUGGUUCAGCUCUGAGGCCCUCUUCUGGAUUUCGUCCCUUGUCUGCUUCAAAACAGCUGUCCAGCAUGAGUGGACCCAACACACCACGUCCAGUAUCAUCAGCUGCACACCAGAGGCCAGUGUCUAGUGGUCAGUACUAAAGAUUAGAUCAUCUCAUCUGUUCCAUCUCAACAAUAUAACCUUGUGUGGCAAAACUUUGUCUCAGUAUUUUAUUGCUACUUAUUUUCAUUUGUUUCAAAUUUUAUUUAAGACAAAAUAUUUUUUUAAAUGCACCAUCUCCUUAAAAUGCAAUUAAAAUAACCAUUCAAAGCCUUCCUGUUACACUUUAGCCUUCCUGUUACACUUUAGAUAAAAAAUUAUUGUAAAAAAAACCUGCUCAUUACAGGGCUUUUGAAGAUGUUAGUUUAGGGAUAAAAACUCAUAACUGGCAACAUAUCACAAAAGUUUUAAACUGUAUUUGUAUGUACCAAUUCAAUUUCUAGUUUAAAAAAUAUCAUUUCUAACUUCUUAUUAAUUGUAUUUUAUAAAAUUGUAAUUUAGCUAUUUGUUCUUUAAAAAAUCAUGACAUUAAAAAAAAAUUAAAAAAUUAAGAGUUAAAACAUAAAGAGAACAAUUGAGGUUGUUUCAAGAAAUUUGUAAAAACUACUUUAUCAGAUGCAAUAGAAGGUAUUGAGUCAGCCAGCGAGCUUACAAUGGGGGGUGUUAUAUGUGGCAACCCAUCAAAAGCUCUGCGACAAAGGAGGAGUCAUGAUCAGAAUUCCAAGGAAGAUUUGAGAAAGGGACUUAAUAAACUCAUGCAGAAGGUUUGUAAUGUGCUUUGUGAAAAUAUUCAACUUUUCUAAGAAAGUUGACUUUUAUUACUAAUGCACAAGUAAGAUCAUGGUAAGUCUAAGGUAUAAGAUUAAACGAAACAAUAUUUUUGGGAAGAUCUAAUUUAAAUGUAUCCAUAUAAACAUAAAUAGUUUAAAUUAAAUCUUAGUGAAUGGCUUGGAUAAAUGAAAGACAUCUUGAGACAAUAAACUAAGUUACAAUGAUUUCACCAAAUCUCUAUGUCUUUAUUAAUCAUAAACAUAGACUAUUUAACUAUUUAACAGAAUUACUUAAGCAGUGUGAAUAUAAAUAUUGGUCCCACAAAUGUAUAAUUAACUUAGAAUAACAUUUUCAUAUUAAAUUUUUUUUUUUCAAAUAGUUGAGGAGUUACCUAAUAGUUGAGGAGUGACCUAAUCUACUGUUUCACCAUUUAUUAUCUACUAUCUGCAUCUUUAUGCAAUUCACAGGGUGCCAUCUUGAAUAAUAAAGCAGACACAGAGGAAGAGCCACUAAAGCCAGAAGAUGAAUUAAACAGUAUCAUAGAAGAGCUGCAGUCAUGGAAGCUAGAGCAUGAAAAGUGAGUGGUCUGUUCAUUUGGUAUGUGCCAUUAGUUUGCUUGAAGGAGUUAACAGUUUUAAAAACUGCAUACCUUUAGAUUCUUUUUCCCUUUCAAAUCUGAAAAAUGGUCAAAUCCCAUUUUAAAUAAUUAAAGUUUUAUAUUAAAUUGUUAAAGAUUUGAAGUUUCUACUUAACACAAUGUUUAUGUUAAAACAUUCUAAACACCAAUUCUAAGGUCAAAAAUCAUUUUCGUCUCAAACAUUCCAGGAGAUACACCAACAUAUGAAGAGUCGAUUUUCAAAAACCGUUUUCCGCCAUUUUGAAAAAAAAAUGAGAUAACUGUACAUUCUUGUAGAGCAAACCAGGUUCCUUUAGGACAUGUUAAAGUUAAUCUACAAAACACAUUUUAAUACUAUAUUAUUCUAUGUCUAAAAAUGAUUUUAUUUUAAAAACGCUGUGUGUAUUUUUUUUUUAAUUAUCAAAAUGCUGUAUAUAUUUUUGGACCAAUCCGUGUGCUUGCAAAGCUAUUCUGGGCAUGCGCACUAAACAUCAUGACGCGAAACAACAAACCUUGCACAUAACGAACGCCUGGAUGAAAGAGUUGUUUGUACUAUAAAAUCUCGAAAAAGAAAAAAAAAAGCUCACCAAGAGAAAAAGAAAAAUAAUUUCUUCAUUCAAGCGGAGGAAAGAUCCCCUCGGUUACGUGUAAUCACGAUAAAUGGUUCUGCAAGGUGAGUUACCGGUAACUUCAUUAGAAAACCACUAAAUUUCAUUUUACAUUAUUAUUAUUAUUGUUAUGGUUACUACACAUCAAAAUUGUUAGGGAAAUGUAAAUAAUAAGUUGCUUUACAGAGUGAUCUGUGUUAUUUAUUACACAUUCAAUCUUUCACAUGCAGAGCCAGCUAUUAUAGAAGAAAGGGUGCUCAAGGACAGAAAUAUUUUCCCUCUGAUUUGAAUGUAAAUAAGAAGCAUCGACAUGCCCUGGAACAAAACCAAACUGCUAUUGAAGAUGCUGCUUAGUCUAAAGUAGACACUUCAUUAUGUUCUAUUUUGUUGUUCUAAAUUCAAAUAAAAUGAUUUGUGAAUUGAACAUUAUCUUGUUUACUUUUGUUUAGAAUUCAGAUUUAUAAAAACAAAUCAUGCAGACUGAUAGCACUCUAAACUUUACCCUAUUACAGGGGACUUUCCAGCAUUUAUAAUACUGUUCUGUUAAAAUAUAUCAAUAAAAAAGAAUCAUACACAAAUAUAUAAUGUAUAUGAUACAAUUUUAUUUUAGGUUGUUAUGUAAGUGGUUUUUAAUCUAUAAAGAAACUAAAUUAUUUGCUACUGGGAAUAAUGUUAAGCUAUCAAAAUGGAUAUACAGUAUUUUGUCGCUAAUUUAUAGGUGGAUACACAGCAUUUUGAAACGAAAUAAGAAAUUCAACCAAGUAAAUAAAUACAUUUUAAUUAACCUACAUUUCAAUUUUCAUCAUAAUCUAACUUAUAUUUUGAAUAUAUACCUAAAUUAACAUUUAAUUUUCCAAAAAUUUGAGCCAUCUUUGUGUAGCAGAAAAAGUCGAUUAUCUCAAAAUGCCAAAAACGGAGAUACAGCAUUUUGAAAAUAGACUCUUCAUAUAGUUUAUUUCUAUUAUACAAAUGUUUGUAAACAGUGAAACUUUUUAAAGAUUUCUGUUCUUUUUUUCAGGAGAAUGCAAGUCCUCCGUAAAUCUAAAGAAGCCCAGGUUCUUGUUGUCGACCAUGAUGGGGCUGACUUAGUUGAUUCCACUGAUGAAGAUGAUGUUGGAGGUUUUGAACACACUCCUGACAGCCAUUCAGCAUCCACAAGACAUCGUCACACAGCAGACCUGCGACUCAAAGCAAUGACAUCCUCAGCUGACACAAAGGAGGUGAUACAUUCCGGAGGUGAUACACAUCUCAAGUUCAAGAAAAAACAAUCCAAAUUUGUUCAUGAAGAUAAUUACAAAUCAGGUAGAACGCAACAGAACAACCACAUUGGUGAUGUUAGUUGUGGUGAUGAGGUUGACUCUGAUGGUUUUUAUGCUGGCUACAAUGUAGCCCAGUCUGUUGGUGCUGUGGGAGAUUCCUCAACCGAACUUCAGGAAGAUCACAUUUCAUUUGGAAAUGAUGAAGGUCAUGCAUCACCAUUAAGAAUAUCCAGUCCAACAUCAGCUCAAAUAGUCAACAGCUUCAGGUCUAAACAAACGGAAUCACAAUCUACAAGGCCACGUAAAUUAAGGUACAUAAAAUUUUUUUUUUAUAGCCCCCCCCCCCCCCCACAGGGUAGGGAGAUUAGUUGGGGGUCCAUUCAAUAAUUUUGGAGUCCAGUAAAACUGGCAGUCUAUUAAGUCAAUUUUCUGGCCAGUCAGAAAUUUAUAAAAUAAAAAUAAAAAGAUCCCAUGAAAGCUUCUUCAAGUAAGUCCAUAAUAUUAUACACAAUAAUCUUAAUAAUAUUGGUAUACCUUGGUAGAGUUCUUUUAAUUUUGAUAUUAAUUUCACUAUUUCAAACUUUUAUUGUUUUUACAAUUUGUUUGCAUUGUGAAAGUCAUGAAUAUCUGUUUUUUUCUUUUUGGGAAACCAAAAAAGGUUAGAAAUUUGUUUUUUAAAGAAAGAAAAGAAAAUUUUCAUAGGGUACAGACCAUGUUUUGAUGUUUUUCUUCAAGUAUAUAUUUUAUUGUUUACAAUUAUUAUUUUCAACUGCUGAAUGGGCUUUUGUUUCUUACACAUUACUUAAGUGUCCUGUAAUGUUUGUAAAACAGCUUUUCAGUUGGUGUGCUUUAAAACAAUGUCUUACCCUCCAAGAGUUCUUCUUAAUUAAUUUUUGUUGUUAGAUAUGUACAUUGAAAAUGAAUAUUACUGGUGACUAGGUGACUAUUUUUAUAAAUUGAAAACAGUUAACACAUUUUGAAAGGCUGGGAUGGGACAAUUCAACGUGCGAGAUUACCACAAGCCGUGUCCUUGACAAAGAUAUAAAAAUUGUUGAAAUUUAAAAGUGAUAAUGUAAAUUUAGAGGUGAUUAAAACAAUGUUGAAUAGUCAGGAACUUAAAUAUAUUAAGUUGAAAUAGAUUUACAUAAUCUCUCAUAUACAAGAGGGUCCACAUAAAACCAUAUGUCUCAGUGUAAUGGAAAGUGUGCUGCAGUUGUGAUCGCCUGUUUACAUGAUGGUUGUGCAGAAUAUAGUGAAUGUGUACUGUUUUUAUGUGGUCCACCCUGUAUAGUUGAGAUUUGGAUGACCCAUGUUAGGUUAGUUCAGUAGGCCAUGUGUUUGUGGAUUAUGAAGAUAAGCGGUCAGGGGAUCUGUGCUCAGGUCAUUCCAUUCAUUGACAAAAUAUUUACAUACCAUAUUUAUCGGCGUAUAACACGCACCUCAUUUUAAGAAGGAAAUUUCCGGAAAAAAAAACUUAAAUUAUAUCGGCGUAUAACACGCACACAUCAUUUGCCCCCUAUUUUCAGGGAGAAAAAGUGCGUACGAAAAAAUAUGGUAAUUACAUUUUUCACUCAAAUUUUGCUUUAAUUUUAAAAGAAAAACAUUUUUAAAAAAACAAAUGUAACCUUACAAAUUUUCAUCCCAGUUAUAGUAGGGGCCUCUUGCCUUCAGUGCCUUUGUCAAAGUUGCGCCUUUAUGGAGGUCUUUUGUCGAGCAGCCAUUUUAAACUGCUAAAACAUACAUUCAAAAAUAAUUAUUUUUCCCAUAUCAAUAUAUGCACUUAGGCGCUUAUGUGAGAUGAAUAUGUGAUACAAACAAGUUUUGAUGUUUACGUCGAUAUUUUUUCUUGAAACCUGAACAUUUUUAUAAUCGGCUGUGCAUUUAAGUUAUCACUUUCUUCUUUAAAUAAUUUCUUUUUGAAAUCGGCAAAAUGUCCUGUGAUGAAAUGGUCUGGGGCGAAACAACUUGAGGCGAAAAAGCAUUGACAAAGUGGCAGCGGGGAAAUUGGAGCUGCAAAUCACCUUAGAUCCCUUAUAGUUGUUGUAGAUACAUGACAUGUUUUAAAAGGAACUUAUAGUUGUAAAUACAGGACAUAUUUAACAUUGUAAAUACAUGACAUAUUUUAAAAGCAGUUGUUGUAGAUACAUGGCAAAAUUUGAAAGACUUCCUUUUGGCUUAAAUUGAUGAUUGCUAUUUCCAGGGUUGGACCCACAGGACUGCCACUUUCAUCACAGAACCAACAACCCGUCAUCAGAAAUAACAUUGUCUCUCAAGGUUCAAGGUCCAACUUUGUGGCUAACUCACGACAACUCAGCUCUAAAGCCAGUGUAAAUAUUCUGCCGUCACAGCCAAGAAUUCCAAGAGUGCUACCUGAACUCCAGGGACUUGUGCCACAUCCUCCCAAUAAUUCUUAAAUAAUUGUUCUCAAAGUAAAGACUUACCCAGAGAAAAGGUUAAUAUAAGUAAAGUCUUAUCCUGAGAAAAAGUUGUAAAAGUAGAGUCUGAUGCUGAGUAAAUUUAUAAGUAAAGUCUUAUCCUGAUGUGAAAAGAAAAAUUAAAAAACAUUGUUUAUUAAACUCUCCAUGAAGAUGUACAGAACACUUGCCCUCUGUUUAUUAAACUCUCCAUGAAGAUGUACAGAACACUUGUCCCUGUUUAUUAAAGCCAUUGAGUACAUUUUUUUUUGUUGUAAUUGAAAUGAAACAAAUAACUUAGAAUAUAAAUUUAAUAAGAACAUUAGUAGAAAAAAAAAUAAUUUCAUUAAGUAAGAUAAGACUUUUUAUUUAGUUAAGGACUUUAGUCACUCAUUGAAACUAUUACUAAGCCAUUUAUUUUAGUAGAAAAAAAUGAUGGAUCUUUAUGUUUUGAGCUCUGAGGUUGGGAAGGUUUGAUACACAAGUGGGUGAAAGUCAUUUUCUUUAUAAGGACUGCUAGAUAAGAUAAAAUGACCAUGAUAUUUUCAGAUGUAAUAAACACUUUUCAUUGGUUGUAAUCUAAAACAGCUCAUUGGUUAUUAUUUUCAAGGUUUAGUUUUCAUCUUCUUUGUUAGUAGUUAGG